CAGUUCAAGGUUGAAAGUCAAAACACAUACACUGCAGUGAAGCGGUAUGGCGCUUCUCGUCGGGUCUAGAGUGGUUUUUCAGACGCUUCGGCCCCAAACCUCGACGACUCGCGACUACAUUUGCAGAUUUCAAGAUGUUAUGCAACGCGCUGCAGCCGGAAGUGCGGGACGCGCGUGCUGGGCGGCGCAUGGCGGCUUGCGGCGGUUUAGCUCCGACGCUAAUGACCUGAGCGUUAGGUAUUUGGACGGAGAUGACUCAGGAAUCGUCAUCUUUGGCCUUAAUCGACCUAAAGCUAAAAAUGCUAUCAGUAAAAGUCUUGUUAAGAUGAUGUCUGAAGCUGUUGAAUCAGUGAAAAAAAACAAUAAAGUGCGCUCUGUCAUCUUGUGCAGCAUGGUGCCCGAAGUCUUCUGUGCAGGUGCUGACUUGAAAGAAAGAGCCAAAAUGCAUCAAAGUGAAGUUGGGCCUUUUGUCUCUAAAGCAAGAGCACUUAUUACAGAAUUAGGUAAUCUACCCAUGCCGACUAUUGCAGCUAUUGAUGGAGCAGCACUGGGGGGAGGACUUGAGAUGGCUCUGGCCUGUGACAUAAGAAUAGCAGCUACGUCUGCUAAAAUGGGACUGGUUGAAACAAAACUAGCCAUCAUUCCAGGGGCAGGGGGAACCCAGCGUCUACCGCGGACUAUAGGAGUUUCCCUGGCUAAGGAGUUGAUCUUUGCUGCUCGGGUGGUUGAUGGUGCUGAGGCGAAAACACUAGGGUUGGUUAACCACGCUGUGGAGCAAAACAAGAGUGGGGAUGCAGCUUACCUGCGAGCUCUGGAGCUUGCCCGAGAGUUCAACCCACAGGGGCCCAUUGCAGUCCGGAUGGCCAAAUUGGCCAUCAACCAGGGCAUAGAGGUGGAUUUAACAACAGGAUUAGCAAUUGAAGAGGCAUGCUAUGCUCAGGUUAUUCCAACCAAGGACAGGCUUGAAGGCCUGGCAGCAUUCAAAGAAAAGAGACCCCCUCGCUUUAAGGGCGAGUAACCUGUGAAAAGUCUUCAGCAAUUUGAACCGCUGCCUUCUGGAUUUCCUUUCACUGCUACUGACAGAAGUCGUACAGAAAAGCACUAGCCUGCUGCCCCGUGCCUGCCUGACCAGCCUCUUGGCCCUCUGUCAAAAAAAGACAAGUGAUCUAACUCACAAGUACUUGUGAUGAUGGAGGGAGAGAAGUCUACAUGUCUGUCAUGUCCAUCACCUGUGAAUGAAACUGCAUGGCGUGUCUUUCUGUUCUUCUAUUGUUUGUUACAGGUCUCUCAUUUCGCCUUCCUUCCUUCGUUUUGUGUUGUAAAUCUGUAUCCGUGUCUUUCAAUGUUCAAUCAAGUGUUUCAAAAUCCAAAACACUUCAACAAAAGACAUAAACUAACUUGGUAACUGCUUAAAACAAUGACAGAGCAUUAAACAAGCCUGACUGCUUUUUCAUGAAGUGUAUGUUAUGUAUUAUAAGGAUAUGUUAUAUAACUGACAGUGUCAAUAAUCCAUAGUAAUUGACUUGAGGUGAUUUUUGUAGGAGGAAAAAAUGCAAUAAACAUUGUCCAAAAUUA